CUUUGAUGGCCCGCCAGAAGAUACUACCUACCACCUGAAAGGUCCGAAUGUUGACACCGGUUGAAGGCACACCGGUACCAAUGCGGGAUCUAACUCAUUGAAAAUGGAGCGCAGAGACUUCCCCGAAGCCCCGGAAGAUCAUCAACCUGGCGAUAUCAAUGACCUCUUCGACUACGAUGUUGGCCUGGACGAGCUAGUAUUACAAGAGCCCCCGCCAAGCUCAAAUACUAACGCGCCAAAGCCAUCGUUUACACCGGAGGCUUCAGGGUUGAAAUUAGGGCUUGAUGAGGAGGUGAAAGUAACUAGGAAAAGGCAACCUGUGGCUAAACUAGACGACAAUCGCCUUUUGUCACAAGCUGGAAUCCCGAAGUUACGUCGCACAGCGAAGCAAAAGUUGAAGUUUAAGGGGAAGGGCCAUGAGUUCUCUGAUGCAGCACGCCUGCUGAACUUUUAUCAGCUCUGGCUUGAUGAUCUAUUUCCCCGGGCCAAAUUUGUUGAUGGCCUAGCUAUCAUCGAGAAACUCGGUCACUCUAAGCGUCUUCAGAACAUGCGAAGAGAAUGGAUAGAAGAGGAAAAGCCGCAGCUGCAGGCAGAUGACGCGCAAAAUGAACAGACCAUAACGAUGCCUGGGUCAUCUAAAAGCAUCCAGCCUCAUUUGCGCGGAGAUGAUGCGCAGCCUGGAUUCAGCAAUCACCCGGCACCUCAUGAACCACAACAAGGAUCAGAAAAUUGCACAAAUGCACAACUUCCCUGGCCAAGAAUCGAUUUCGAUCACGAACUAUUCGUGUCCUCCAGCAACAAUGUCCCACAUGCUCCCGACCAAGACGCGCCUGAUGAUGAGCUAGAAGCUCUCUUGAAUGAACAGGAGAUUUGAUUCGUAUCCAGGGACUAUCGACCCCGGUCUAGUACGAGCUGGCGAUCGAAGCUUUGGCUGGUAAUGGAAGGCGCUAGCUCCCAUUCCCCAGAGAAGGCAGGGAGCAAAGGAAGCGUCAUUGAGACGAGCUUUUGCUUUUACACACGAAUCCAUCGAGUCAAAGAUGCCCCGAAAGUGGGCUAAGCAUCCAGCAGACGCAAGCCAAGCAAUACUUCUGUUUAAUUCACCAGUAGAAAGCUCUCAUUCGAGUUGAGCAAACAUUGAGAGACGCUCAUUCUUUCAAGUUGUUGUUAUUCAAUGAACCUAUACUUAAU